AUGACAGAGGUUGGUUCCCGCCGCCUCUAAUAUUGGGUACUAUAAAUACGCCCAGUUUUGCCAAAUUCUUAGUAUUGUGUGUUGGGUUUAAAAUCUGUGUUUGUUGAAACCCUGAUUGUGGUUGUUUUAUUUAUUUCCUCUCUUCGUUAUUGUUUUGGUUUUUAUUUUUGUUUGUGUUUUUCUUAUUGUGAUCUUGAGAGCCCAUUCUUAAAAAAAAAUAUUAAAUUUUAGAAAAAGAAAAAAAAAAAAAAAAAUGACGGUUGGAACAGGGAUAUCUGUGGCUGAUGGGAAUUUGAAUGCGUUGGGAAACUGCAUUUUAAGUGAUGUUCAUGACAACAUAUUUGUGACUCCGGCCACCGAAGAUGGCUUAACCAAUGGUGCCUUCGUCGGAGUCAGGUCUGAUCAGAUCGGUAGCCGACGGGUCUUCCCAAUCGGAAAACUCCAGGGAUUGAGGUUUAUGUGUGUAUUUCGGUUCAAACUGUGGUGGAUGACACAGAGAAUGGGCACAUGUGGCCAAGAUAUACCAUUUGAGACCCAAUUUUUGAUAGUGGAAGGACAAGAUGGUGCACAUUUUGGGGAAGAAAGUGAAGAUGGGGUUGAGAAAUCUGCACUGUAUACAGUUUUCUUGCCGAUUCUGGAGGGGGAUUUCAGGGCUGUUCUUCAAGGGAAUGCAAAUAACGAUUUAGAGAUCUGUUUGGAAAGUGGGGAUCCUGCCGUGGAAGGGUUUGAAGGAAGUCAUUUGGUUUUUGUGGCUGCUGGAUCAGACCCAUUUGAAGUUAUUACAAAUGCUGUGAAAACUGUUGGGAGGCAUUUACAGACAUUUUCUCAUCGUGAGAAAAAGAAGAUGCCUGACAUGCUGAACUGGUUUGGCUGGUGCACAUGGGAUGCUUUCUAUACAGACGUUACAGAGGAGGGAGUGAAGCAAGGAUUGGAGAGUUUUGAGAAAGGUGGAAUUCCCCUUAAAUUCGUUAUCAUUGACGAUGGUUGGCAAUCAGUUGGCAUGGAUCCAACUAGUGUUGAAGCUAAAUUUGAUAACACAGCCAAUUUUGCAAACAGAUUAACUCAUAUCAAAGAAAACCAAAAAUUUCAAAAAGAUGGCAAAGAGGGUCACAGGGUAGAGGAUACGGCAAUGGGGCUCCGCCACAUUGUUACUGACAUUAAAGACCAACACAAAUUGAAGUAUGUCUAUGUUUGGCAUGCGUUAACUGGAUAUUGGGGUGGUGUUAGUCCUGGAGUUACUGAAAUGGAACACUAUGAAUCCAAGUUAGCCUACCCUGUUCCAUCUCCUGGGGUUGAGUCGAACGAACAUUGUGGUGCUGUGAAGAGCAUUACCAUGAAUGGGCUUGGCCUUGUGAACCCUGAAAAAGUGUUUAACUUCUAUAAUGAACUUCACUCAUAUCUUGCCUCAGCUAGGAUUGAUGGGGUUAAAGUAGAUGGUCAGAACAUUCUUGAGACACUCGGGGCUGGCCAUGGUGGAAGAGUGAAAAUUGCUAGGAAAUACCAUCAGGCAUUAGAGGCAUCUAUUUCACGUAACUUUCCUGACAAUGGAAUUAUUUAUUGUAUGAGUCACAAUACAGAUGGUUUGUACAGUGCUAAGAGAUCAGCUGUCAUAAGAGCAUCGGAUGAUUUUUUUCCCAGAGAUCCAGCAUCACACACAAUUCAUAUUGCAUCAGUUGCCUACAAUACCAUUUUCCUUGGGGAGUUCAUGCAGCCAGAUUGGGAUAUGUUUCAUAGCUUACAUCCAAUGGCUGAAUACCACGGAGCUGCUCGUGCUGUGGGAGGCUGUGCUAUAUAUGUCAGUGACAAGCCUGGGCAGCAUGACUUCAACUUAUUGAAGAAGCUAGUACUUCCUGAUGGCUCCAUAUUGAGGGCCAAACUCCCUGGCAGACCAACAAGAGAUUGUUUGUUUUCUGAUCCUGCCAGAGAUGGAAAAAGUGUUCUAAAGAUUUGGAAUCUGAACGAUUUUAAUGGAGUUGUGGGAGUUUUCAACUGCCAAGGAGCCGGGUGGUGCAAGGUUGGAAAGACUAACCUCAUCCACGACAACCAACCUGGCACAAUCACAGGAGUUAUCCGUGCUAAAGAUGUUGAUUAUUUGCCUAAAGUUGCUAAUGAUGGAUGGACUGGGGAUGCCAUCUUAUAUGCCUAUCUUGGAGGAGAGGUUGUUUAUCUUCCAAAGAAUACUUCUCUGCCAGUUACACUGAAAACGCGAGAAUACGAAGUUUUUACGGUGGUUCCUGUCAAGGAACUGUCAAAUGGGGCUACUUUUGCUCCCAUAGGUCUUACCAAGAUGUUCAAUUCAGGAGCAGCCAUUAAGGAAUUGAAAUAUGAAUCCAAGAGAUGUUCGUCUGUCGACAUGAAAGUUCGCGGGUGUGGUGUAUUUGGGGCCUAUUCAUCAGUUCGACCAAAGAGGAUAACAGUUGACACUGAGGAAGUAGAGUUUGAAUACAAAGAAGGGUCUGGAUUAUUGACCCUUGCGUUGAGAAUUCCAGAGGAGGAACUGUACCUUUGGGACAUGACCAUUGAACUGUAAUGAAUUCCAACCUUCUUCCAGUAGCAUGAGGGUGCCAUCUUUGACCUUGAUAACAAUUAUGUCAGAAUCAACCCCCUCGUUAGCCUCCACACACAUCUCCAGUUGCUUCAAAUAGGGGUUGAAGCCACAAAUGCAAGGGCAGCCCAACCAGAAAGAUUGUUUGCUCCAUCCUCAAAAUUUAAACUCCAGCCAUAAAGGACCAUACAUCCAACAACAAAAUUUCCCUCCCAACCUUCCCUCCUAUUCCAACAAAACCCAAACUGCCUCACUAUGAGAUGGAAGUCGAGUAGGGAAUCUGCCUUUAUCCAAUUACUAUCAACGGAGCUUCAAUUAAUUCUUUUUUUUUUUUUUUUUUUUUUUUUGAUGUUCAAAAGUUUGAUGUAGAUGUGAUCGAUUCCAUUUUGCAAUUGUGAACUUGAUUCA